UCCACAACAUGCUGCCCAUUGCGAGCCGAGUGAUCGUCACGGGUAGCAAGCCAUUGGACAGGGGAGCCCACAGACCAGGUCGUUGCUCGAACAGCUCCGCCUGAUCAAAAACCUCAUUCAUACCUCCCUCGACGCAAGCGAGCAAAGACAAACGAAUAUAAACAAAGCGACAGCGCCGGUCAUCUGGUCUUGAACAAAGAGGAGAAGCGAAACCAUGUCCUGCCCCGACUGCUUUCGCGGCGCCGUGCACGCCCACGCCGAGCCCACGGGCAAGAUCGAGACGGUCCACGGGAUCCAGACCUAUGUGGCCGGGGGCAGCGACCCCGCGCGGUCCCAAUCCGCCAUCAUCUAUCUCCCCGACGCCUUCUCGCUGAAGCUGGUCAACAACAAGAUCCUGGCCGACAAGUACGCGUCGGCGACCGGCUGCAGGGUGCUGAUCCCGGACGUCGUCUACGGCGGCGGCAUGCCCGUCUCCGUCCUGGAGAAGAUGGAGCACCUGAUGGGCAGCUCGCUGAGCGUCGCCAACUUCCUGCCCAAGGCGUACACGGUGCUGACGCUGCUGCCGCACGCCGUCCCGUUCAUGCUCUGGGGCCACCCCAAGAACCCGUACCCGACCAUCCUGAAGUUCGCCCGCGACGUGCGCGCCGAGCUGCCCGCGGGCGGCAAGCUCGGGGUUGCGGGCUUCUGCUGGGGCGCGUGGCCGGCCACGAAGCUGUGCACGGAGCCGGCGGUGGAGGGCGGGCAGGCGCGCCUGAUCGACGCGCAGUUCAACGGGCACCCGUCGUACAUCAUCAAGGAGCCGCACAUGGUCGUCGACGCAGUCAAGGCGUUCCAGACCCCCUACGCGUCCGCCGUGGCCGAGAAGGACUUCCAGUUCAACGCCGACGUCGCUGCCAAGACCGAGGCCCAGCUCCGCGAGGCCCUCGGCGGGAGCAAGGGCGACGGCGAGGGCGGCUACGUCUACGAGUUCCGCGUCUACAAGGGCGCCACCCACGGCUUCUGCGUCAAGGCCCGCGAGGAGGACAUGCAGCACUACCACGACGCCGCCAAGCAGGCCGCCGACUGGUUCAACAAGUAUCUGAACUGAGAAGUCCCCGUGGCGAAACCGAGCAAAUGGGGGGGUUGGCUGCUGGAGGUGAUUCCUGAAGGGGCCGUUUAAACGUUUACUCAUACAAGAGAGCUGGAAGGGAAUUUAUGUGCGAGUUGAUCCUCAGUCCACAAGAGGCAAUGGCAAAAGGCGGAAGGGGAGUCGAAAUGGGGCUCUCACGAUCGAGGAACCCGGACGAUGAGAUUGUUAAUGAUUGAACGAGGCUGGGAUGUCUCGACCACUGCGCUGCGCUCGGGGCACUUAUUGAUUUUCCCUCUGAUGGAUCCGUUGGCUGCAACGAGAUGCUCGGGGUUGCAAUGCAUAUUGAGGGAUGACUAGAUCACCCCAAGACAAAUGAAGAUCAUCAUGGCUGUUUGCCCGCGUGUUGAUCUGCGC